UCACGAUGACCUCCUGGAUCUUCAGGCUGUUGUGCCUCUGUGGCACCUUGACCUCUGUGCUCUGCUGUGAUUGGCUGACAAACUACGGUCACCUGAGCAACAAGUCUCUGACUCUCCUCCAGCUCAUGGGCGGCCAGCUGUUGGAUCAGGACUGUCCGGUCCCCUUUCCCUACAGACUCUACGACCGCAUCAAGAAAGACGAGGUGGCGUCCCAGCUGCUCUUCGUCAGAGACAGUCUGCAGCUGCUCGCUGCUCUCUACCAGCACCACAACCGAUCUGCCACGAAUUGGGACGCCGACAAGACGGAUCGCUUCCUGAUGAUUCUGGACAGACAGACGGACGAACUCAACAGCUGUGUGUCGACCAACAGGACCGCAGGCAGCCGGCUGGAGAAAUACUACAGGAGGCUGGAGAACAGUACUCUGAUCCGCACCGGGGGCAGCACUGCAUCCUGGGAGCUGAUCCGGUCUCAGAGCGUUCGUCACCUGCAGCAGUUGGAGCUGCUGCUUGCCGUCAUCAGAGAUCAUCAGAACUCUGCAGCCAGCAGGAGGCGCUCUGCAGCCAGCAGGAGGCCCUCCGCAGCCAGCAGGAGGCGCUCUGCGGCCAGCAGGAGGCGCUCUGUGGUCAGCAGGAGGCGCUCUGCGGCCAGCAGGAGGCGCUCUGCAGCCAGCAGGAGGCGCUCUGCAAUGACUCGACCACACAAACACUGACACGUCUACUCUGUUACUCUAUAUAUUUAUUUAUAUUUUUUUAUAUUUAUAUUAAUUUAUUAUCAUGUUUCUAUUUAUGACCAAACUUAUUUAUUUUGUCUGACUAAACUUGAAAAUGUUUUUGAUAAAUGACAA